UCCAAUCGUCACUUCAACUCUCUCCCCUCACCCGGGCGCUCGAGAGGUUCGCCGCCGCUGCUCCCCUCUUACCCAUUGCUCGGAGAACAGCCGCCGGCGACGCCUCCUCGUGAGUCCCCCUCCGCAAGUUGCCAGUGCUGCCUCUUCGCCCGCCCUCGCGCGUCCCCUCCGCUGUCUCUGCCCGCCGAGACGCCGACGAUCCCAAUCGAUCCGGGAUCGAUUUAGUGAUUCCUGAUCUCGUACCAUGGUCGAACCACUUGAUUCAGAUUGCCCUACGUAUAUGAGAAGCGAGGGCCAUGCCAAGUCCGAUGGCUUUCCAUCUUAAACCCACUCGCUUAUUCGCCUGCCGCCUCUUUCGAUUCCCGCCUCUCCGUGCUCCUCCUUCCCAAAUCCCCCUCUUGUCCUCUCCCAAUAGAGCCUUAGGGCUUCGCCUCCGUCUGCUCCAUAGCGGCGCCACCGCUCGAGGCGGUAGCGGAAUGGGCUCGUCCGUGGCCGUGAAGGAUAAGAUCGAUCUCACAGAGAAGGAAGAGAAGAUCUUCCGCCGGCUGCUUGACGUCGUCGACCGCUUCAAUCUAGAGACCCAGCUCCGAGUCGCUGGCGGGUGGGUUCGUGAUAAGUUGUUAGGCAAAGAUUGUUAUGACAUCGAUAUUGCUCUGGACAACAUGUUGGGUCGAGAGUUUUGUGAGAAGGUCAAUGAAUUUCUUCAGUCAACUGGUGAAGAACAACAAGGAAUAGGUGUUAUCCAGUGCAAUCCUGAUCAAUCUAAACAUCUAGAAACUGCAAGGAUGAGAAUUUAUGAUACUUGGGUUGACUUUGUUAACUUGCGAUCUGAAACCUACGCUGAGAACAGCCGAAUCCCUACCAUGAAAUUUGGUACUGCUAGAGAAGAUGCCUUUAGGAGGGAUCUGACAAUAAACAGCUUAUUCUACAAUAUCAACACCAAUUCUGUAGAAGAUUUGACUGGAAGAGGUGUUCAAGACCUGAGGAAUGGAUAUGUUGUCACUCCAUUGCCUCCAAAGGCUACUUUUCUUGAUGAUCCUCUUCGAGUUCUUCGAGCAAUUCGUUUUGGGGCCAGAUUUGAAUUUUCAUUGGAUGAAGACUUAAAGAAAGCUGCAAUGGAUAGUGAAGUGAAAGCUGCAAUUGCAGAAAAAAUUAGCCGAGAACGUAUUGGUCAUGAGAUUGAUCUGAUGAUAUCUGACAAGCAACCAGUGACAGCAAUUACGAACAUAGUGGACCUACAACUAUUUUUUGUUGUCUUCACUUUACCUGCAAACGUGAAUCCAGCAGUAAAUGAAGAAAUUGAUAGCGUUGCAGUUUCUUAUUUGGGUGCAGCAUGGAAUCUUCUGCAGUCUAUUGGAUGCUCGAUACUUAGUGAUGACCAGCGAAGACUUUACUUAUAUGAGGCUUUGUUCUUUCCAUUCAGAAACGUAGUGUACAUGGAUAAGAAAUCUAAAAAGAUUCCUGUUACAAACUUCAUCAUUCGGGAGUCCCUUAAGUUGAAGGCUAGUGAUGCUGAUAUGGUGAUGAGUUUACAUUUUGCAUCUGAGAGAUUCCUAUCCUUGAUUCCUCUAUUGAAUCCGAAUAACGAUUCAGAAUUUAUUGAGUCUGAACUUGAUGGUGACUUUCUUGACGUGCCUAUGGCUUCAAAAAGAAGGAUUUUGGCAGGUCUUCUUCUGCGACAAAUUAAAGAUUACUGGCGCGUGUCUUUGCUAGCAUCAACACUGUUAUACAAUAGAGUUGAUUCCAGUGAUGAUGCUUCAAGCAUACAAUUUGAACUGGAUACAGCGAAGGAAAUUUUUCUAAGAGUUCAAAGUGCUAUUAGUCAACUCGAUCUGGAUCAGGUGUGGGAUGCCAAACCAUUGCUCGAUGGAAAGGCGAUCAUGAAUUUUCUACAGCUUAAAACGGGAGGCCCACUGGUGAAGGAAUGGCAAAAUAGGGUACUGAAAUGGCAGCUCGCCCAUCCUCAAGGUACUGCCGACGAAUGUCUUGAUUGGAUGAAGCAAUCUCAGACAAAACGGGCAAAGCUUGGCUCCUGCACUUGAACUGUCGCAAUCGCUCAGACCGGUGUUGCAAAUAAAGCUCGAAGACAACUUGUAUCGAUUUGUUUGGUUCAGAGGGAAUCCUGAUUCAACUAGAAGGUACGAGUUGUUAAGAAGGGGAGGGAAGAGGAGAAAUUGGAAUUUGUUUACCUCGAUUCGGUGGAAGAAAGUGAGACACUCCUAGCAUGCAGUAGUAAGGUUAUUGAAGUAUGGUUCCAUUGAUGAAGGAUGCCAUUGGCGAUGUACAUAGCAAUGACCCACGCUUGUCUUCUCUCACAUUUCUAUAAAAAUAGAAUUAAAUUACUAAACCUGUAACAUAAACUUGGAACUGAGAGCUAAGUUUCAACACUAUCAAAAUAGCCUUGUGAGUUUAUGAAUUUAUACACUGACUUUUCAAAAAAAAGUGUUUGUUGCACUCCA